UCGACCGGAUCCGAUCGGUGACAAGAGCAUCGCAAGUUUGCGACAGAAGCUCUCGGUCUUUGAAAAGGAUAUGCGAAGAACCAAUUUUUGUGCUGUCUAGUCUGUAUCUCCCUCUUUACUUCUAUUCUCUCUCUCUCUCAAAGCUCAGCCAAAGCAUCAGAAUGAUAAAGCGGCAAUUCUACAAGCAAGAACACGCUGAUAGGGAUGUUUCUGAUUCCUCGUCGUCUUCUUCAGACUCAGAUUCAGACGUCAGAGCUCGGGAAGAAGAAGAUGAAACAGAAGAAGAAAUCGAAGCAGUUGCAGAAGAAAAAGAAGAUGAGGAUACUUAUUCUCCAUCUCCUGGUUCUGGAUACGUGAGUGAGGAUAGCUCAGGGAAUGAUGUUAAUGUUGACUCAUCAGGUAUUCUAAUAAAUGAUGAUGAUGACAGUAGGGAAUAUGAGACACAAAAUCUUGAUGAGAGUAGAUUAUCUGGUAGAGGCAAUGCAGAGAAAAAAGGUUCUACUCAAGCCAACUUUCCAGACUUUAUCUUGAAAUGCAAAUCAGUCUUCAAGUGUAGGCUCUGCCCCAGAAUUGUCUGUUUGAGUGAGGAAACUUUGAAGGCACACUUCAAAUCAAAGAGGCAUGCACGCUCUGAGAAGUUACUAAGUGAAGGGAGGUUGAAGCUUAUGCUCAACAGUGAUGGCGAAAUUGAGGAAGAACAAGAGACCCAUGCAGAGAGACAUGCCAGAAUUGUUGCUGUUGCAGAGGAGUUGUCUAAUGCAAAGAAGAAAAACAGGGGGCGGCAGCGACAGAGGCAGAGGUUAAAAAGGAAGAAAACUGGGGAUGGCUCUGAUGAGGGGAAAAGAAAGCAAUCAAUAGAGAACCCAACUAAUAAAAGGCACAAGGACAAAGAUUGAAGGAUAUUAUAUUGUGCCCGGGAAUGCAAUGGUAAUGCUAUUUAAUGGAGAAUCAGUUUGUUGUUUCAAUUGAUCCAGAUUGAUCUGUGUCAGUUUUCUUCUUGUUUGCCAAUGGUAUGCACGGAUGAAGUGAUCAGUAAGAACGCAGUUUUUGUCUUUGUAUGGCAAAGCGGGAAUUGUACACUGCACAUGUUUAGAAGUAAUAUCGUGAGGCUUUCUUAUUUCAUAAUUUAUUACCAAAAGAUUUUCUUUCA